GCGCGCACAUUGCGCGGCUCUCAGCGCGUGGUGAUGCUGCUGCUGCUGCCGCUUUUUUUCCCCCUUUCCUUCCCUGUCCUCCAAAUGCUCCCCCGGACGCACUGAUGAACGGUUUCUCGUCUGAUUCCGCGGUUCAAGAGGACACAGAUGGAAAAUUUAAUCUUACGCAGCGGGGAUGGAUUAUUGGGUUUUGCCUUCCGCAGUUUUAUGGUGAAAAAUCCCUUUAAAUCUGCCCGCUAGGAACAGCCCACAGGUUUUAACCCGGAGUGCGGAGGAAUGGCAGUGUCCUCAGGUAUAGCAGACGGGCAGCGUGCACCAUGAUGGAGCGUGCCUGCAAGGUGGGUGAGAAGAUGUAGCGGCGGAGGAGCAGCACCGCAGGGGGACGCGGGGCCGCACCAUGUCGAGGAGGGGCAGCAGCCGUGCCAGGCCUGACGCCUUGGCUGCCCUGCAGGCCGCCAAUGAGGAGCUGCGGGCCAAGCUCACCGACAUCCAGAUCGAGCUCCAGCAGGAGAAGAGUAAGGUCAGCAAGUUGGAGAGGGAGAAGAAUCAGGAGGUGAAGCAAAUCAAAGAGCACGAGCAGCACAAGAGUACAGUGGUGGUCACAGAGCUCAAAGUCAAACUUCACGAGGAGAAAAUGAAGGAGCUCCAAGCUGUUCGGGAAGCUCUCCUGAGACAGCACGAGGCCGAACUGCUCAGAGUAAUAAAAAUCAAAGAUAACGAAAUCCAGAGACUCCAGGCCCUGCUGACUGCUGUGCGCGACGGGGCUCCCGACAAGGUGAAAACCGUGCUGCUCACAGAGGCCAAGGAGGAGGCCAAAAGGGGCUUUGAGGUGGAGAAAAUAAAAAUGCAGCAGGAAAUUUCGGAACUUAAGGGGGCAAAGAAACAGGUGGAGGAGGCUCUGACGAUGGUCAUCCAGGCGGACAAAAUCAAAGCCGCGGAGAUAAGGAGCGUGUAUCACCUGCACCAAGAGGAAAUCACCAGAAUUAAGAGGGAGUGCGAGAGAGAAAUUCGCAGGCUGAUGGAGGAGAUUAAGUUUAAAGACAGAGCAGUCUACGUGCUGGAAAGAGAGUUAGGGGUUCAAGCCGGGCAUGCCCAGAGACUGCAGCUCCAAAAGGAGGCUUUAGAUGAACAACUGUCCCAGAUCAAAGAGUCUGACCGGCACCUGGGCAGCCCCAAGCGGGAACUUCCUUAUGCAAGUGGUGCAGGAGACGCUUCAGAUCAUUCGGGAAGCCCCGAACAGCAGUUGGAUGAAAAGGAUGCCCGGCGCUUCCAACUGAAAAUCGCCGAGCUGAGCGCCAUCAUCAGGAAGCUGGAGGACCGUAAUGCGCUGCUGUCGGAGGAGAGGAACGAGCUGUUAAAGCGCCUCAGAGAAGCUGAAAGUCAGUACAAGCCCAUCCUGGACAAAAACAAACGGCUCAGCAGGAAGAACGAGGAGCUGUCACACGCCUUGCGGCGCAUGGAAAAUAAACUGAAGUUUGUAACACAGGAAAACAUAGCAAUGAGGCAAAGAGCAGGAGCAAUGCGGAGACCGAGCUCCUUAAAUGACCUCGACCACAGCCAGGAAGAAAGAGAAGUGGAUAUCCUGAGACUACAAAUCAUCGAACAGCAGAACAUCAUUGAUGAGCUCUCCAAGACCCUGGAAACUGCUGGCUACGUGAAGAGUGUCAUGGAACGUGAUAAGCUGUUAAGGUAUAGGAAGCAAAGAAAAAAAAUGACAAGAAUUCCUAAGAAGCCGGUGGUGGAGACGUUUUUCGGCUAUGAUGAAGAAGGCUCCUUGGAGUCUGAUGGUUCCUCUAUCUCGUAUCAAACGGAUCGGACGGACCAGACCCCGUGCACCCCUGAUGAUGACCUGGAAGAGGGCAUGGCCAAAGAAGAGACAGAGCUGCGGUUCCGGCAGCUGACGAUGGAGUACCAGGCUCUGCAGCGCGCAUACGCCCUAUUGCAGGAACAGGUCGGAGGAACAUUGGAUGCAGAGCGAGAAGUUAAGACACGUGAGCAGCUCCAAGCAGAGAUACACCGAUCUCAGGCUCAGAUAGAGGACCUGGAAAAGGCCCUGGCGGAGCAGGGGCAGGACAUGAAGUGGAUUGAGGAGAAGCAAGCACUGUACAGAAGGAACCAGGAGCUUGUGGAAAAGAUAAAACAAAUGGAAGCAGAGGAGGCUCGCCUGAAGCAUGACGUGCAGGAUGUCAAAGACCAGAACGAGCUGCUGGAGUUCAGGAUCCUGGAGCUGGAGGAGAGAGAAAGAAGAUCGCCUGCUAUCAACUUCCACCACGUUCCCUUCACGGAGGGGAAAAGCCCUCUCCAGGUUUACUGCGAGGCAGAAGGUGUCACAGACAUAGUAGUGGCAGAGCUGAUGAAAAAAUUGGACAUUUUAGGGGAUAACGCCGUAAGUAACCUGACCAACGAGGAGCAAGUUGUUGUCAUACAAGCAAGGACAGUUCUCACAUUGGCUGAAAAGUGGCUCCAGCAGAUCGAGGUGACCGAGUCCGCACUGCAGCAGAAGAUGCUGGAUCUGGAGAACGAAAAGGAGCUGUUCAGCAAGCAGAAGGGCUACCUGGAUGAGGAGCUGGACUUCAGGAAGCAGUCCUUGGACCAGGCGCACAAGCAAAUUCUGGAAUUAGAAGCCAUGCUCUAUGAUGCCCUGCAGCAAGAAGCUGGAGCCAAAAUUUCCGAACUUCUUUCAGAAGAGGAGAAAGAGAAACUGAAGAGUGCAGUAGAGCAGUGGAAGCGCCAGGUGAUGAGCGAGCUGCGGGAGAGGGAUGCCCAAAUCCUGCGCGAGCGCAUGGAGCUCGUCCAGCAUGCCCAGCAGAGAAUUAAAGAGCUAGAAGAAAGAAUUGAAGGCCAAAAAAGACAAAUAAAAGAGUUAGAGGAAAAGCUUUCAUUCUUUGGUCAUAGCCCUCCAGGCCAAAUGCAGAAGCCUGCUGCUGAAGCUGGAGUUUCUUCUACUGUUACUAACUGGAAGAUGGCUUUGGUUGUCAAGACAGAAAAAGAGACACUGCAACGUCAAGAAACCCAAAUAUAUCUUGUAUUUUGCUGCUGGAGAUGGAGGAGCGAACCUUUGUGACCCUUUCAGACUGAAGAUGAACCCAGGCUGUGUGGGAACUUCUGCCCAGGCGGGGUCUGCACCGCCAACACCUCUGACCACGCAUUUUCAAAAGCUGGGACUAAGCUGACAAAGAAGAAAGCCAAAAAACCCCUCCCUCUAUUAACAGUUCUGGGCUUCUCCCCAGGAGCCCUGCCUCAGCUGCUUGGACUAACUUUCGGUGGAGGUCCUCGCUCUGCUGCUUGAAAUAACUCAGCUCUACCUAAGCAGCAGCAUACUAAUUCAGAUAAACUGAAUGUAUUUUAGUUCCCUGCUAAGCAGGUGGAGAAUUGCUUCUCUGUGGAAGUGACUAUGUCCUGUUUUAUAUGUCAGUCAUUUAUAUUCGUGAUUCAUAGUUAUUUACCAAUCUGUCCUGAAAGGAAUUUAUAGAGAGAGUUCCAGGUGAAUAACAGCUGAGAAGGUAAAUGUGAGCCACGAGAGUGCACUGUGCUCCAAGGCUUUUACCAUAGCGCAGGACCGGUGGUUUGCUGAGUACCCCACAAGCCGGGUAUUAGGGGAAAGGCACAGCGCUCUGUUUGAACCCUUCAGGACACGAGAUUGUACUUGGCUGUGAGUUUUCAGCAGGCCGUGCUGCACAGCACCGUGGCAGAACUGGCACGCUGGUUUAAAGUUUGCCAUUCCUGGGUGAUGCUAAAAGGCUCAGCAUCGUCCACUGAAAAGUUCAACUUGAAAAAGAGUGAACCUGGAAACACAUCAUCCCUGAUCGCAGCGGUGUGACAGGUGGCACAAGGAAUGGAGAUAUGCAGAGCGUGUGGCCCUUUCUUCGGAGCCAGGAAAGGGAAUCUUCUAUAGCAAUGGGUGGAGGAGGAAGAACCCCAGAGGAGCCCCACCAAUACUUUGCCAAAAGGGAACUGGAGCCGAUUGGAGUGUGCCAAUGCGGACCUGCUGGUGGAUGGCAGGAGCCGCCCGCUGUUCCUGGAGCCCCAGCAGCACGGGCUGCAGGGAGCAGCUCUGCCCGUCCCGGGGCACAGCAGGAGGAGCGCGAAGCCAAAGAGCUCCGGCAGGUACCCGCACUGCUUCUGCAACCCACGUCAGGUUUAGAAAGCUGAGAAGUGAAUCCAUUGAUAACAAACUUCAAAAACCGUGGUGUUGGUACAGCAGCCCUCCAUUCCACACUGGGCAGGGAGCAGCGGGGGGGCCGACAGCAGAACAGAACAGCGCAAAUUGUUCAGAAGAGUGUUCCCUCAGUGCUGAAGUAAUGGGACAAAACGUGAAUCAAAGGUUACGGACCUCACUAUCAGCGUAUAAUUAUCCAACAGGAGUCAUGUACCCAAUCCCAGCUCCACCCCAUACAAGCACCUAUGUUGGGGCGGCUCAGAUGAGCAUCUUUAUGCACAAAGAAGCCAAAUCCCAAACGUCCAUUUUGAGUUCCACUUAAACGCAAUGUCUUAAUGCACUCAGUUACACGGGAGUGCCUGCACAGAGCUGUGUGUGGCACACUGCGGGCCCUCGUGGAGAUACUGCAAGCCAGGAAGGCCUGGGAUGUGCUCUGCUGGCAUCUGCAGAAUGCCUUAAUCCCACCGGGGGGGCAGCGUGGGGCAGAGAAAUGCCUCCAAACUGAGUUCCCCCGUAACUCAGACCCCAGCUGUGUGUGUGUGCUGCGCAGGGUCCAGCUCUCGGUUAGACUUCCUUACGGUGUUUUCUUUAGUAAGAAAGCUGUACAGGACAGGUCCACAUGUAUAUAAGGGAUUAUGCUUAUGUAGAUGUUAAUAUUUAUGUGUAAAAAGUUAUGUACAUAGGAAAGAAAAAAAUGGCUCAAAGAAUGUUUUAAAAAUAGCUUCUUCUGUCUAAAGGCACAGAAGGACAGCGACACAGAUGUGCUGCUGAGCUCAACAAAGCCCUCUGUGCUCGGCUUGGGGAUGCUUGGGGCUCAGUCCUGGGGGCUGAGGGGCUCUGGGCAGCCCCAGCCCUCUUCCAAACAGGGCGGAGGGGCACACACUGAAUGCAUUGCCUGCUCACUGCUGCUCUGCUAUGGCAGCCUUAUUUCACCUACCGGAGUUUGGAAAGAACAUGUAAUGAGUUACCUGCGGCACGGGGAGCUUCUGAAGGAAUGCCAAAGGAGUCACAGGUGCUCCCAGUUCAGGUACUGCAGCACCGGGCAGAGGCACAGCCUGGGCCGGACUGAUGCAACCACAGCUGAACUAAGAGCCGCUCGGAUCUCAGCUCACCCGGCUGCAGGAGCGCGGCCGUCAGCGAGUGCUGCGCUCCAACGGCAUCCAUAGCUUUCAGCGCAUCCCCGAGUGCCUUACGCAGCUCCUGAGCAGAGCCACCGGCACCCACGGGCUCAGGAAUCCGUGUUGUGAAUCCGUGCAGCACAGCCUGCGCCGAUGCACGGUAUGUUUGCUCAAAAGGAACGCUGAACACUGAUGCAAACCGGAGGAAACGGUUCCCCCCGGCCGCUGUGCUCUGCUCUGUAACCUCCCACAGCCACGUCCCGAGUACAGAACGUCGGGUGGGUGCUGAGGCAGUGACUGCUGGGCCCAAGGGGCUGCACCGGUCAGUUACAGAAUUUUACACAUAUUUUUGUAUCGUGAUUCAUAUGCUAUAUAUCAAGAGACUUUCUAUUCAUUUGUAAAAUACAUAAAUUAUUGUAAACUUUUAAUAAAAAGAGCUGUUUUAAACUUCGA